AUGUCUGAAUCAAUUAACAAAUAUUCUAAAAUCUCAACAAGUGGAAGUAAAAUAUCAAGGGCAUUUAAUGGGUCUUCACAAAAUUAUUCAAUUACAAUAGAUUCGGUAUCUAUGACAUCAAAAAAAUCUGUUGAAGAAAAAUUAAGGGAAUUAUUAUUCAGAGAGAACUCUAUUUUAUUAAAGUCGUAUUGUGAUAAUUUAUUGAAAAAAGACCCUCAAACAAAUCAAGUGUUUAGUCUCAUUCUCUUUUAUUCUUCACGUGGUAAAGUUACUCAGUUAUUAUGUCAAGUUGGAAGACGUGAAAUUAAAGAAGCUAAAGCAGGUACUCCUUUAUUUAGAGGAAAUACUCCAUUUAUUCGGUUAUACAGUUAUUAUCUCUUCUUUUAUUGUAGUGAUUUUAUGAAUAAAACAACUUCAGAAGUAAUGAAUGAAACAGGAUUAAAUAAAUUAAGUCCAGUAGAAUAUGAUGAUGAAACAUGGGUAGAAGAAUUCGUUCGGUAUUAUUCACUUUUAAUAAUUCAAAAUGCCAACUGUAUUCCAUGUCAUCAAAGAAAAAUAAUCAAAAGUCUUCUUUGUUCUCCAUCAGUUAAAGAUGAUAUAAUAAAAAAGAAACAAAUAUUUUCUACGUUAAUGUUCCUUCGUUACCUUUUUGUUCCAUUCUUAAAACAUCCAUAUAUUCUGAAAUCACUUCAAAAAUGUGUUUCAGAAUGGAUUAGAGAAGGUGAAGAAAAAGAUAAAAAACAAGGAAAUACAACAGAUAUUUUUAAUGAAUUAAAAUUGAGUUUAGACCAUCUUUAUGAUAAUGUAGUAAAUUCUCCUGUUGGAUUUGAAGUUGGAAUGAUAAAUUUAAAACAACAAGAACAAUCCUUAAAUGAACUAAUGGAUAUACUUAAAGAUAAUUUAUUUACACUAAGUUCAGAUUAUAGUGGUGACUUUCAAGAGAUAUUUAAUUUGGUUAAAGGAAAACAAGAAGUAGAUACUUCAACUAAUAUGGAAUUUGCUACUGAUGAAUUAAAACAUUGGACUGGAAGUAAAUUAGAGAUUGCUUCACAAUUAAACUGUGAAUUAAAAUUUAAAAUAACAGAAUUGACAAGAGAGAAUGAACGUAUUAAACACAAGAUUUCAUUUAUUAACAACUAUUUUUUAUAA